AUGAAGCUCAACGCGACCCUCUUUGGUCUCACCGGCCUUCUCGGCCUGGCAUUGGCCGCCGUUCCGAUUAAGAACGAUGGCAUCUCGGCCGACAUUGUUGUGCCCGAAAAGUACAUCGUCAAGUACAAGGCCGACGCCGACGCUGGAAGAAAGAAGAAGCACGAGUCCGACAUCACCAACAAGGCCAAGAAGAAGAACAAGAAGGGUGUUGUCGAGUCCAUCAACAUCGACGGCCUUUCGGGAUACGUUGCCGAGAUUCCCGACUCGGAACUCAAGGAGCUGAGGGAUUCCGACUUGAUCGAAUACAUCGAGAAGGACACCGUGAUCCAGAUCAACGCCGUCGCCGCCCCUCGGGUCGCCGCUGACCCUGUCGAAGAGAAGCACCAGCUUGCGAAGCGUGCCUAUGUCACUCAACUCCACGCCGCUUGGGGCCUGGCUCGCAUCUCGCGCCGUUCCACCUGGAACUCCGGCUACUACUACGACAACACCGCUGGCCAAGGUAUCCGUGUCUAUGUUCUUGACAGCGGCAUCCGCACCACCCACGUCGAGUUCGAAGGACGCGCCGUCUGGGGCGCCAACUUCAUCGCCGGAUCCCCCAACACUGACGAGUACGGCCACGGCACCCACGUUGCUGGCACCAUCGCUAGCAAAACCUAUGGUGUUGCGAAGAAGGCCACCGUUGUCGCCGUCAAGGUCCUCGACAAGAACGGCUCCGGCACCAUGUCCGGCCUGAUCUCCGGCCUCAACUGGGUUGUGAACAACGCCAAGGCCCGCGGCAUCGCCAAGAAGGCCGUCAUCAACAUUUCUCUCGGUGGUGGCUACACUGCCUCCGUCAACGCUGCUGUCAAGGGUGCCACUGAUGCUGGCCUCACCGUGGUUGUGUCUGCCGGCAACAGCAACGCCAACAGUGCCAACUAUUCCCCUGCCUCGGCUCCCUCUGCCAUCACCGUCGGUGCCAUUGACGGUACUGGAUACCGCGCCUGGUUCUCCAACUGGGGUAACCUCGUCGACAUCUUCGCCCCUGGUGUCUCCGUUCUCAGCGCCUACCACACCAGCAACACUGCCACAUGGUACAUGGACGGCACCAGCAUGGCUGCUCCCCACGUUGCCGGUCUCGCUGCUUACUUCAUCGCCAAGGAGAACCUGUCGGGCUCCCCUGCUGUGACCAACCGAAUUCUUGGUGCGGCUGUCACCGGUAGUAUCGGGGACCCCAAGGGCAGCUGGAACCGCCGUGCUUACAACGCCGGUGGUGCCUAA